GAAUACGACGAGUUGCAUGCAGAAGGAGUGGCGCUCGAAAAGUCGUUGGAAGAGCCGAAAACACUUCGCUAUUUGCGGUGCCUGGAAUUGUCGUCCAAGAUCCUACAGUUCACCCGACAAAGCUUGAAGAACGCCAUGAUUGCCAACAUUUUGCACCUGAUUUUGCCCGCCGUGGAUAGCGAUAUCCCAGCGUUACGUGAAAAAGGGCUCGAAUGCUUGGGUCUGUAUUGCUUGUUGGACCGCAAAAUGGCCCUCAACCAUACGAUUGUGUUUUGGCGGGUACUCAACGCCGACGACGAGGACGGAGACUCCAAGCACACGUGCAUUCGGGUGUUGCUCGACUUUUUCGCAGCGUUCAAGUCGUUUGAAAUCACUCCCGUGGAAGAAGAUGGGGACAUGAUCACGUCGGGUUCGAUUUUGGACGGCCUUGCGACCUACUUUUGCGUAAAUGAGCAUCAAUUGGACACGUGGGACUUGCAGACCCAAACGCUGGUCGUGGAGGGUUUUAUCAAGCUGUUUCUGCUAAAACGCAUUGCCGAUUCCACG